UCCAACGUCUUCAGCAUGUUUGAGCAGUCACAGAUCCAGGAGUUCAAGGAGGCUUUCACCAUCAUGGACCAGAACAGAGAUGGUUUCAUUGACAAAGGGGACCUGAGAGACACAUACGCUGCUCUGGGCCGUCUCAAUGUUGGCAAUGAUGAGCUGGAAGAGAUGACGAAGGAGGCUCCCGGCCCCAUCAACUUCACCAUCUUCCUAGCUAUGUUUGGCGAGAAGCUUAAAGGUACCGACCCUGAGGAAACCAUUCUCAACGCAUUCAAGAUCUUUGACCCUGAAGGAACAGGAGCCCUGAAAGGAGAGGACAUCAAAUACCACCUUAUGUCUCAGGCAGACAAGUUCACCGAGGAAGAGGUAAACCAGAUGUUCACAAACUUUCCUCUGGACGUAGCUGGAAACCUGGAUUACAAGAACCUGUGCUAUGUCAUUACCCACGGAGAGGAUAAGGAACAGGAGGAGUGA